AUGCAGCCAAUAACAAUCCUGGAGGCUGCCCGUGGUUCUCGUUCUGCUUUAUCACGACGUCCUCGCGGACCUCGCCUGAUCGGCUCGAAUCAUUUUUAUUUAACAGGCUCGAGCUCACCUACUGUGUCACGAAGACCAGCGCAAAUAUCCUCCGAAUCUUUCUCGACACGUCCAUCUUUCACCCGGGGGCCUGUCUACGAACUCCCAGUCGAGGUUCUUCGACUGAUCUUUCGCCAUAUUCCUGCUCUGUCGGUUGAUUCUACUGGAACAGUUGCCCCAUGUUUUGCGUCUUACUCCCAGGUCUGCAGCUACUGGCAUAACGUCGCCAUCCGUACGCCCGAGCUCUGGUCUCAUAUUCCUAGAGGGCUCAAUGCGCCCUGGAUCACGACGUACCUUAACCGAUCUGGAACCCUCCCCUUGACCCUCCACACUACUGCCUCCGUCUUCCUCGAUAUUGACCUGUUUUACCUUCUGUCCGACAACCUGCCUAGAGUCUGUGACUUUUCGCUCGAUAUGUGUGGUGAUUAUGAUGAACUUUGGGACGGUUUCGUGGAAACGUGGUUUCAAUGGCCGGCCCCCGAGUUGACUCGCAUCGAACUCCUGGAUUCAAAAUAUUCCUCAGAUUAUCGCUGGUUAAACAAAGGUCUUUUCACCUACAUGCCUAAGCUCCAUACGCUCGUGCUGCGCCGAGGAUUCGAUAUCCAACACGACUAUAGUCUACUAAGCACCAUACAGCACCUUCACCUCGACGCCAUCAUGUUCCAUCAACACAUCCUCCUCAUCCUUAAACACGCCCCUGUCCUCGAAACCCUCUCGUUCGACAUGUCAUUCGCUGGUGACAUUUUGGAGGUCGUACAAGAGGUUAUGGAAAAGUUAGAGGGCAAAUUACCCGUCGUACUUCCGAAUCUCACUUUCUUUGAGAUCCCAUCCGCCCUGGUCACCGACUUUGCUCUGAUUUUUAAUUGCAUUGAGUUCCCUUCCCCUCCGCGAUGGUUCGUACGCUUCUGCGUGGACGUCGUAGAGGUCAUCGACCCCUUCUUGGUGAUCGCGCUCUAUAUUCUAGGUGGCUAUGUCCAUGGCCGGCGAGAUAUUGGCGAUAUCAUCUCGGACCUCUGCAUUCACUUCGAUCACCAUAAAUACGAGGUGAGGGGAUGGUCCUCGGGCGCUCUCCUUCAAGACUGGCACCGCGCUCACGAACCCCCCGCACGCAACCCGAAGCUGUCGACAUUCGAUUUCAGCCUAGAAUAUACGGAGAAACAUGACCUGAAUGGAGAGGUUGUGAAUGAGCCAGAUCUGGACGACGUCAUCCUUUUCGCCGGACGCCUGCCCUUGGACGACGUCAAGAAGCUCUGGAUAUCUGCACCUGAAGACGCGCGUAACCUUGCGUUAUAUAUCGAGCGUCGGUGGUUAAAGCUCUUGGUCAUGUUUUCGAGCUUGAGGGCUUUGACACUGUCUUGGGGCGCGGCUGUUGGAGUUCUUUCAGCUUACAUCGGUUCCCGCGAAUCAAAGGACAAGAUGCUGCCUGUCGAAGUCUACGGCGCUAAAUAUGCCGAGGCAACCUUUCCCAACGUGUCAGAACUCAUCCUCGUACGGCAAACCGCCCAAGAAACUAGCUAUCCCUCACAGCUAGACAGAAUCCUCUAUCGUUUCCUGCAACUGAGGCACAACAGCGGGACACCCCUCCAGGUCUUACGCCAUGACCUGUGUUCUGGAGUUUGUGGAAGUGGUGGUGAUGAAAAUUGUAAUUCUUUGGCGGAAAGGUUUAGAGAUUUAGUUGAGGGUGAGAUUCAUUGUACGAAGUGCGGGAGGACGUUUCGUAAAGACUCUUUACCGGACAUGUGA